AGCUAAUGGCCGCCCGUGUCGAAUCAUCACGAAACAGCUGAUCUGCGUCGUUAGUUUCUCGAUGAAAUUUUGUGUUUUAUCCAUCUCACUGUGUGAAAUUACUUAGAUGAUACGUCACUCAACUUAUACUAUUUUCUGGAAAACAGGGUUUGUCUAGUUGAAUCUAUAAAUACCAAACGCAUUUUGAUUCGAAGUGUUUCUACAUUGCUGGCCUUUUCAGAUGUCACUGACCAUACAGCAAAUUAUUUUGGACGCAAAAAGACUAGCAGGUCGUCUUAAAGAAAGAGAGACUGAAGCGGAUGCUUUAUUGACUGAGACUCAAACAGCAUAUAGGCAAAUACACACCAUGAAACAGUACAAAGAAGAAGUGGACACAUUAAACGAAGCAUCGAGGGAAAGACCAAGAGGUGCACUUAUUGCAAGUAUAGAAAGAGAAUCUCGUCUGAUGAGGGAUGUUCAACGUGAAAAUGGUAAACUGCGUGCAGCACUCGAGGACCAUAGGAGGGCUUUAGAACUGAUCAUGUCAAAGUAUCGUCAGCAUACUGAAAAGAGAAUAUGGGAAUCAAGAAUAGAUUUUACAGCUGCUAUUAAUGAAAAGCAACAAGAGUUAAUUCGUCAACAAGCUGAAAGGAUUAAUGAGAUGACUAGUAUCAUGUACAAAGCAGUUAACAUGGAUGACAAUGGUGAUUCCAGAAAAGAAGAAGAACUUUACCAAAGGCUUAUUACAGAGAACAAGGGUUUGAGGGAGAUGCUGGAUUUAUCAAGGCGGUACGGUUCCGAUCGUGCCUGUGCACCGCCUACAGAAGACAAGGACGUACAGACGGACGGGCCGCCGCUUACGGGCGCGUGACGGCCCGCGGUCGAGCCCUGUCGCCACACCUAACUACAUACUCUUUAUAUAUAUAUUUAUAUAUAAACAUUCGGCACCGCACACACGACCGUCGCCUCACACACUCACCGGCGAACUAACUGGCACUACAUGGACACUGAACAAACUGAAAUGUUGUGUUUACCAGGGAAUUAUCCAUCGUCACACAGAUACUGAACAAUAAUGUUGUGUUCCUACAUUGAAUAUUGAAACCUUACGGCAGCCAGACAUCACCACAUAGAUAUGGAACAAUUUGCAGUGUUGCUCGAACAAAGCUGUACAGGUCUGUUCUUACAGUGAAUACCGCCACCUCAAUAGUGUUGGGUCUCUGGAUAAGAUUAGUGUUCAGACCAGCAAAGUGUGAGUGGUCGCUUGUCUUGCGUACGAAAGCUGUUUCUUCACAUUUGGACAAAACUUAAACUUUAAUACAGCGACUUUGGUCAUCUUUAUAAUAAAAUUUUGUUAAAUUCGCGGCGUGGACAGACAUUUUCGUGAAUAAGCAGUUUUGAUGGCAGUGCUUAUGUGAAAAUUAUAUUUCUAUUGAGUGUGGUUGCAGUCAGCUUUGAUGUUAUAAAUCGUGUUAAUAAAGAAACGAAUCUCAAACGGCGACGCAAGGCAUUCUGACCCUAUGGUCAGAAUAUAUAUAUAUAGGUAUAAGAAUAUAGUAGGGGAGAUAUAGACUACUACAUGUGGAAGUGUCCCUCUAAUAGAAAGAGAAAGAAGAUAAGAGACCG